AUUCGGAUUGUCGGACAAACGGACGGACGGCGUCCUUGCUGCAGUGAGUCCGCAGCUAAGUCAAACGAACCGAGCACGUCACGGGCUGCGGACGGAUUCCUUGGUUAUUGGGUAGCAAGAGUUCCUUCGGUGGUCAGGAACAAGAGUAGGAAGCGAAAGUGAAAGUGACUAAGCGACAGGGUCACCAUGAAAUCGAAGCUCGAAACCACCGACGAAGCCGAGGAGGAUGGCGAGGGGCAGGAUCAUCACGAGGGGGAUCCAAAGCCGCUGCCCUACAACUUUGAAAAGGAGCUGAUCGAAGGGUCCAACCGACACAUCCGACUCUACGAAACCUUUGUUCCAGUGAGCCAAGUUUAUCCCCUAACCCGGAAGUUCUACGCCCAGUUCGAGCAGCGUCAGCCGCCGAAUCCAUUGCGUUACCUGAGACACACUUGGCCGGAGAAGCAGUUGGAGCGGCAGAGGGAGCUGGUGAAGGCGGUCCCGCUGCUGGAAUCCCAGGUUUACGGCUGGCUUCCGCUCCAAAGCGGAGAACGGGCCACCGGUCUGAAUUUUCUUCAGGCCCCAAAACUGCGCUGCGGAAUGACUGUUCACGGAGAGCGAUUGAUCGCGGAGAGGAUUACGGAGCGGCCCCCUUUCAAUGGGCUCAGGUUUCUGCUCCACUAAUCUUCCGGCUGAUCCUUAAAUUAACUUCAAAUUUAACAACUUGGUUCUAAACUAUUGCAUUACAAAUUAUCGUUAUUACCUUAAUAGAUUUUUAAAAUUGUGCAGGAU